AUGGCUGCACAGUCGUCGUCGAUUUCGCAACCGCCGCUUCCUCUCGCCGGCCGAGUGGCCAUAGUCACCGGAUCCUCCCGUGGCAUUGGGCGAGCGAUAGCGAUCCACCUCGCUGAACUCGGUGCGAGGAUCGUCGUCAAUUACACUUCCAAAUCCGCCGACGCUGAGCGUGUCGCGGCGGAGAUCAACGACUUGCCAGCUAGAGAAGAAAUCACCGGAAAGGGACCAAGAGCGAUCGUGGUUCAGGCCAAUGUCUCCGAGCCAAGCCAGGUGAAAUCGCUGUUCGACGCUGCGGAGAGCGCCUUCGAGUCGCCGGUUCACAUCAUGGUCAACUCCGCCGGAAUCCUCGAUGCCAAAUAUCCCACCGUCGCAGAAACAUCGGUCGAAGAUUUUGAUCGCACUUUCAGUGUCAACACGAAAGGAUCUUUCUUGUGUAGCAAGGAAGCUGCGAAUAGGCUAAAGAAAGGAGGAGGAGGUCGGAUCAUACUCGUGACAUCGUCUCUGACCAGAAGCUUAAGGCCUGGAUAUGCGGCUUAUGCAGCAUCAAAAGCAGCUGUGGAAACGAUGGCUAAGAUUCUUGCAAAAGAGCUGAAAGGAACAGGGAUCACUGCAAACUGUGUUGCCCCAGGACCCAUCGCCACUGAGAUGUUCUAUGAUGGAAAGAGUACCGAGGUGGUGGAGAGGAUAGCUGCGGAGUCUCCUUUCGGAAGGGUCGGCGAAGUGAAAGACGUGGUGCCUCUUGUUGGUUUCUUGGCUGGUGACGGUGGUGAAUGGGUCAAUGGUCAGAUCAUUCCCGUUAAUGGUGGUUAUGUGUAA